AUGAAGCGGCUGACGACAUCUGUCAUUGCCCUCAUCGCAGCUCGUGCCCUGGGUCAAGUCAACGAGUACACCUGCCCGUUACUCGGAUCCUCUUUUCCAACCCCGUCUCGGGUCGAUGCCAGCUCUCUGCAGCCCUACCUGAGCGACUUCACCCGUGCCCUUGAGGAUGCCCUUUCUGGUGCAGAGAAUGAGUACGGAGUAUUCGACAACGCGACCACUUCCUUCUCUGUAGCUAUCUGGACUACUGUCGCAAAUGAGUCUGUAUAUGAAUAUCACUUCCAGGGAUCUGAAUUGCAAGGCGAAAGUGGAAUUGUCCCCAACAACGAAACAAUAUACCGUGUUGGCAGCAUCUCCAAGGCCAUCACCGUCUAUGCUUAUCUGGCCUCCGUUGGCGAAGCUCAUCUUGACGAGCCAAUCACCAAAUUCAUCCCCGAGCUCGCCGAGAUCGACGCAGAGCGCGCAGAGAACGCCUCUGCCAACGAUAUCGACAAUUUCCAAUGGUCUGAUAUCACCGUACGUGCCUUGGCUUCACAAAUGGGUGGGCUAACUCGUGACUAUGGUCUCGGCGACCUGCCUAGCAUUAUUAAUGACACGACAAUCCUUGAGUCUUUCGGCUUACCCCCAUUAUCUUCCGUGGCCCGUCCUCUGUGCGUUCCGUUCACUGCCGGCGCCAAUACACAAUGCACACGAGAAGAAUUCUUUCGCGGCAUGCGCUCUCGUCGGCCAACUUUCUACCCGUACAGUACACCGACGUACAGCAACAAUGCUUUUGGGCUUCUGGCUUGGGCGCUCGAGGCCAUCAUCAAUGAUGGACGAUCGUUCUCACAGAUCCAACAGGAUAACUUACUCGCCCCGCUCGGGCUUUCGAACACCUUCUAUCAUCUGCCCGAGGAUAGGAACCUGACCAACGUUAUGAUCCCCUUCAAUGCCACUUCUGCAGACUGGGGACUGCUCGGCUCCUUCGAUGAUCCCGCUGGUAGCUACUACAGCAGUGUCACUGACCUCAACGCAAUGGGACGCUCCAUACUACGCCACGAGCUGCUGCCACGUAGACUAAGCCAGCGUUGGUUACAGCCUGUAUCCUUCACGUCAGACCCAGAUAUGGCGGUUGGCAUGCCAUGGGAAAUUUUCCGCUUUGAGGUGCCGGUUUCCCCCGGUUCCAAGGCGACAAAAAUAGUGGAGAUGUACUCCAAAGCUGGCGACGUCGGCCUGUAUUCCACCAUCAUGGUAAUGGUGCCAGACUAUGGCAUUGGUGCAACGGUGCUAACAGCAGGCUUGGGCCAGGGAUCGCUCAUGCGACUGUAUAUCGUGGGCAUGCUACGGGACAAUGUGUUUCCAGCCUUCGAGACUCUGGCCGGUGAAGACGCCCAGAAGGUGUACGGAGGUACUUAUGUCGACAGCAACACGAAUAGCAGUGUGACGGUGGCGUUGAAAGCGGAUCGACCCGGUUUGGGUUUGGAAAACUGGACGUCGAGGGGUAUCGAUAUGCAGCAGGAUGGACAAGGGAUCAAAGGAAUGCUUGGAUCGACUUUGGAAGGCGACGUUGAACUGAGGCUCCAGCCGACUGGGAGGGUGGAUGAGAAAAGAAAUCGGGUAGGUUUUAGAAUGGUGCCGCAGGAUUUAAAGUAUCAGGAGAACUUCUUGUUCAGGUGUUUCUCGUGGGCGUCAGUCGAUGGAUUGACUUAUGGGCUGAACGGUAUGGACGAGGUUAUUUUUGAGCUGGAUGAUGAAGGUGUGGCAAAGAAGGUAAAUUUGCCUAUGUUUCAGACAGUGCUAGAGAGACAGCAAGACUGA